UUACGUCCAUCUUUAAUGUAGCUCCUAUACUGAGUGACGAGAAGGAGAAGGAAAAAAAAACAUCCAGAAAUAUUUGAAAAUAAUUUAAUCGAAUAAUUUUUUGACGGAGCUGAAAGACCUAGAAUCGAAUAUACGUAUUUGGGAAAAAGGAAGAGAAGGUAUGAAGACAGUAUCAUAGCCAAGCCAUGGCCGAUAAGAGAAAACUCCAAGGUGAAAUAGACCGGUGUUUAAAAAAAGUCGCAGAGGGGGUGGAGCAGUUUGAGGACAUUUGGCAAAAGCUUCACAAUGCAGCCAACGCCAAUCAGAAGGAGAAAUACGAAGCUGACCUCAAGAAGGAGAUUAAAAAGCUCCAGAGACUCCGAGACCAGAUCAAAUCAUGGGUUGCGUCCAAUGAGAUCAAAGACAAACGGCAGCUAGUGGAGAACCGCAAACUCAUCGAGACGCAAAUGGAGCGCUUUAAAGUGGUGGAGCGGGAGACAAAGACGAAGGCGUACUCUAAAGAAGGCCUGGGUUUGGCUCAGAAAGUGGAUCCAGCGCAGAAGGAGAAGGAGGAAACAGAACAGUGGCUCACGAACACUAUAGACACUCUGAACAUGCAGGUGGAUCAGUUUGAGAGCGAGGUGGAGUCUCUGUCCGUUCAGACGAGGAAGAAAAAAGGAGACAAGGAGAAGCAGGAUCGUAUCGAGGAGCUGAAGAAGCUAAUUGAGAGACACCGGUAUCACAUCCGAAUGCUGGAGACCAUUUUAAGGAUGUUGGACAACGACUCGGUGCAGGUGGACGCGAUCCAUAAGAUAAAGGACGACGUGGACUACUACAUCGACUCCUCGCAGGAUCCCGACUUUAAGGAGAACGAGUUUCUGUACGACGACCUCGACCUCGAAGAGAUCCCGAUGCUGGCUACGUCUCCGCAGGGACACAACGAAGAAGAGAUGAGCACUCCCACCUCCACGACGUCGUCCUCUCCCAUCCCUCCUUCUCCAGCCACGGCUACCACCGAGAUCCCUGAAGAGGAGAAGAAACGAGGCAGAUCUACUGACAGUGAAGUGAGCCAGUCACCGGUGAAGAGCAGCAAUCCCCUGUCUUCUUUCUCCUCCUCUUCCUCCUCCUCCUCAGGCUUUUCCUCCUCUUCCACCUCAUCCCUCGUUUCCAUGGCAGCUGUCGUUGGGGGAACCGCGUCGGUUUCCGGGGGCAACACUCUCCUGGGCACUUUUAGCAGCGCAGUUCAGCAGCAUCCGCAUGGCAAGCUAUCGUCGUCGUCGUCCUCCUCCUCGUCGUCGUCGUCGUCGUCUUCUUCCUCCUCCGUGACGUCCAGCAGCACAUCCAGCCCACCAAGCCACCCUAAUUUGCCCUCAUCCACCACCCCGUUGGCCCUCCCUACGUCUAACUCUCAACUGUUGACAUCAGCAGGGCUUAACGUGAGCAAAGCAAGCACAGCUGUGACGAGCAGCAGUAUGCCUGGCAUGAUGCCCAGCAAUAUGGCUGCCAUUAUUUCGAGCUCGAUGCCCACUCCGUAUGCCCAGGCAGCAGCUGGCAGCAGCCUGAGUGGACCCACGGGAAAUAACAACAGCACUGUUUCAGCUUUGACCGGAGCGAAUGCUAACACUAAUUCUACGCCCACCGCUAACGGACCGGUGCAGAUGGGUUCCAGCGGGGGGAUAUUAGGGCUCGGACCAGCGCAGUCAACCCACCAGGGAGCAGCACAGUUACCCAUUAGCCCGGUCGGAACGGUGCCAGGGGGCGGAGCCAGCAUGGGCCCUGGAAACGGGGGCAGUGCAGCUUCAUCAGGGGGCAUCCUGGGUAACGUGGCACCUGCUCGACCACCCAGUGUAGUGAAACAAAACGGAGGAACAAACUCUCUAGCGUACAGCGCCGUGGUGGCCGACAGCAGCUCAGACUCCUCCCUCAGCAGCGCCAGCCUAUCACAGAGCAGCCAGCCCUCGUCCACCAACUCCUCAGCAAAUCAAACUCUGGACAACGGGCCGACCCUGCUGAGCUCCAUCACUCUGCCUCCAUCCUCUCAGUCUCCGUCGUUUUCAGACAGCACCGCCGGCGGUGGGAGUUUACUGAACGGCCCGCACUCGUACACACCUAGUGCAGAGCCAAUAAAGACUCCUGAGCCUCUGAGCUCUCUGAAGGCGAUGGCUGAGCGAGCAGCUCUAGGAUCAGGACUGGACGGAGAAAUCCCACCUCUUCAUCUGACAGAACGAGAUCUGUUUUCUGGGUCCUCGGCCGCUCCCGGCCCCCCGGUUCCCCCUCAGCCGGCCGUAACAGAGGUGAAUCUUCCACCUACGCUGGGGGCGUGUCCUCUAGGCCCCUGCCCCCUCACUAAAGAGCAACUGUAUCAGCAGAUCAUGCAGGAAUCAGCCUGGGGCCACAUGCCUCUUCCGUCAGACUCGGAAAGGAUCAGGCAAUACGUGAUGAGGACUCCGUGCCCUCUUUUGCCCUUCCAUCAUCACACUCCUCCCCAUCACUGCGACUCCAUUGACUUCUACCAGAGACUCUCCACAGAGACCCUCUUUUUCAUCUUCUACUACAUGGAGGGUACGAAGGCUCAGUAUCUGUCAGCUAAAGCCCUGAAGAAGCAGUCUUGGAGAUUCCACACUAAAUACAUGAUGUGGUUCCAGAGGCACGAGGAACCCAAGACCAUCACCGACGAGUUCGAACAGGGAACCUACAUUUACUUUGACUAUGAGAAAUGGGGCCAGAGAAAGAAGGAAGGCUUCACAUUCGAAUACAGAUACCUGGAGGACAGAGACCUGCAGUGACAUACAGACCCAGCGCACAGAGAAUAAACGAACGAACGAACGAGUGCGAGAGAGAGAGGUGGCUAUGACGACUGCAGCUGUUGACAUUCCAGGAGAGGAGUGCAGUCCAUGGAGGGAGGAGUGUAAAGUAGGGCUUCAUCAGAGCGAGUGAGAGAGGGAGAGGUGGUCGAGUGCCUGUUUACACACGCAAAAAAUCUUUCAAUUCAAGGCCCCUUCUUUUAUCAUCUAAAUAAGCAGAAAAUCCAGAUGUUUAAUCCCCCCCCCCCCCCCGACCGAAAUGAAAAGCAUUACUGUCUGUCUGUGCUUGAUGAAAUGAGGAUUAGAACCUUCUGUGAUGUCAUUCAGCACCAAGUCGACGGAUAAAUUCUCACUCGAGGAUCUCUAAAAGGGCGAGAAACCACGAGACGCGUUCAGGCUUCGAAUAAAACCCAUAAAUAAACCCGGGGGUGGGGUGGGGUGGGGUGGGGUGUCCCCACACGUCUGUACCGUUCUCCUCCUGGUUCUCCGGUUUGUUCUCAGGUCCUAGAAACCUGCCGGUGGCUUUACGUGACCCCCAAAUCGUUUUUCGAGGGCGUUUUAAAAAGCUGAACGUUUCCUCGACGCAUCGUUCAUCGCACGUAUUAUCGACUUCAUCGUUAAGAUCGACGCCGUCAAGGUGCAGAGCGACUUCACAGGGUUUAAUCUCAGAUACCAUUCUAGCACAAAUACACAGAGAUGCUUUCUAAUAUUUAACAUAUCAUUUCUUCAAGCUGCAGGAGUCAUAAUUUAAAAAAAAAAAAAAAAAAAAGAUGCUCAGACACGUUCAGGAUAGACAAAGGGCAAGAUGGAAAACGAGCGGACACAUUAAAUUGCUAUGCAAUUGAACUCUUCUCGGCCUGAGUCACCUAAACGGCGUUACGAUGAUUAUUAUUAUUAUUACUGGCCGUCCUCGUCGGUUGUUUUUUUGUUUUUGUAGCAUCUUUAUCUCGAGUGUGCAGGAGGCUUCACACGUACGUGAAUCUGGUGUCUGUUUAACAAUGACAUGAGUUAGAAGAAUUCUCUUAUAAAACAAAGUAUUCAGAAGAUCCGUAACGUUCAGAGCUUUAUCCAUGUCGUGACUUUUUUUUUUUUUCCUAGCUCCAGACGUCUUUAACGUAUUUUCAGAUUGGGUCAUUAAACUAAUCCCCGUUUCUAGUUAUCGCUCACUUUUAGGAUAUAAAAUAUACCGAUUUCACUUUUCCUUUCUUAUUUUAGAAGGGGAAAUAAACAAACAAACAAACAAACAAAAAAACGAAGGCUAAAAUGACUACGUCCAGAUGUUUUUUUUUUUGUUUUUUUUCCUUUUCCAGCAAAUGGACUGAAAGUGCAGCUGAUUUGUGAAAUUUUCUCCUAAAAUAAACUGGUGUAUAAAUUAAUUUCAUGGCCUUUAGUGGGGCUGAAAAAAAAAAAGAAAAAAAAAAAAAAAAAGAAGUGUACAAUUUCAAUAAAAUACUUUUAUGAAC